UGUUCUGAUACUAUCGAACCAUAAUUCCUCGCAGGUUUUGACACCGAGCGAAGCCUACAAAGCGAGGCAAGAGCAAAGUGGGUCGGGAAAUGGCGUCUACACUCGUAAACAGGACUGUUACUAGCAAUCAAAAUCUAAGCCUAUCGAGGCUUUCAUUGAACUUGUUCAGAAGCUUUAGCACUUCCGCACCUAGUUCUGGCCAAAACCCUGUUCAGAAGCCGAAGCGAAGAAAGAAGAACCUGUUCGAGGUGGCUCAGUUCUUGCCCAACUGGGGCAUCGGCUACCAGAUGGCCAAAACCCAUUGGAGCGGUGUUUCUUACCAGAUCACCAAAAUAAAUCUGUACAAGGAUGGUAGGCAUGGAAAAGCAUGGGGAGUAGUUCACAAGGACGGCUUGCAGGCUGCAGAUGCUCCCAAGAAAAUAAGUGGAGUUCACAAGCGUUGCUGGAAGUACAUUCCAAGCUCAACAAAACUAACGGAAACCUUGCCAAACUUGACCAAGUCGACUGAAAGUACUGCAGAAUCGGAAAUUCAAUAAGCUUAAUGCAUUUGGCAUACAAUCUUUGGAUGUGCCAAACUUGACCAAGUCAACUGAAAGUACUGCAGAAUCUGAAUUUCAAACAGCUUAACGCAUUUGGCAUACAAUCCUUGGAUGUUGUAAUGCUCGGGUAUCAAUUUACUUUCAGAUGUAUUUUGAAGGCUUUGUUAAACAUUUUUUUUCCUUUGAAACUAGUCAAAUUUGAAAAUGUGGGAGAAGGAUAGAGGACGUAGUUUAGCAUUUCAUUUUAUUCACCUCUCCUCCUCUUCUCUUCUUAUGCAGUAGUUGAUGGAAUCUCCCCGCCUCUUCCUCUCCGCUGUAGCAAUAAGCUUUGAUUUUUGGUAUGCAUAAUGGGCUUACAUACUGGUUU